AUGGCGGCUCCCGAGAAAGGCAUGGACAUACCUACCGGUGUAAGCAAUGCUACUAGUUUUCAGAAAAAAUCCCGCAGCAAACUAGUUUCUAUCCCAGGAACCAGACCAUCUGUACAAAACGGACAGCUCAUAGUUUCCACCGGUGUCACUUCGCUUGACUACGUCAUUGGUGGUGGCCUGGCAGUUGGGACCCUACUACUUGUAGAAGAGGACCGCUAUGACAGCUACUCCCGUAUGUUGCUCAAGUACUUCCUGGCAGAGGGAGUUGUGUGUGGACAUGAACUAUUCCUGGCAUCCGCCCGACAUCACCCUGAUGAUAUCAUGCAGGAACUCCCUUCACCGAUUGUGGAUGAUGUUGCCAGUCUGAAAAUCAAUGAGGGUCAACCUCAGCCAUGUAAACCAGAAAAUCCAGACACAAUGAAAAUCGCCUGGCGCUACCAAAACCAGCCCAGAGUUCAGACUUCAUUGACUUCAUCAUUGAGGUUUGGACAUUACUAUGACAUUUCCAAGACCAUGGCGCCAGAAGUCCGUCAAGCAGCAAAGUGCCACAGUUUUUAUCCACUGCAGGAAACACCAGCAAACACAGAAACAAGUUUGCUGCCUUCACCCUAUCAUGCUCUCCUGAAGUCCAUUCAGGCGGUCAUCCAUAAAGAAGGGUUUGAUGGAUCCACACCACAGUCUAAGGUCCGAAAUGUCCUGCGGCUUGGUCUUCACUCUCUGGGGUCAGCAUUAUGGGGAGAUGAUCUGUGCUGCAUGGAUAACCCCGCCCACCGCCACAACCUCACCACCUUCCUUUAUGCCCUCCGGGGCCUGUUACGCAAUUCACUCUCGGUCGCCAUGGUGACAGUACCCUCCCACCUCAUACAGAACAGAACCGUAAUGGGGCGGAUAAUCAGACUAAGUGACACUGCCAUCGCUCUGGAAUCGUUCAGAGGUUCAGAGAAAGAGACCAACACACUGUACAAAGACUACCACGGUCUCCUGCAUGUUUGCCAGGUUCCGCGUCUUAACUGUCUGACAUGUGAGGUACCCGAUACGAAAGAUUUGGCUUUCAAACUCAAAAGGAAGCAGUUCACAAUUGAGAGACUGCAUUUGCCUCCAGACCUGUCAGAGACGGUGAGUCGAGUGAGUAAAUCAGAACUGGCAGCAGGAUGUUGUACCACUGCCACAGGCAACAAGCACCUAGAUUUCUAGCGUUUUCCCUCCCUCCUGUACCCUUCCUCUUUUCAAUUCCCAACACAGUGAUGUUCAAGGGCGGAAGAGCAACACUUCACUAGUACUAGGUUAUGGUCACAGCUGUAUUGACAUGGUUACCAUGAUUCCUUGUCUUAAAACGGCACAUUGUUUAGUAAAUACACAACAUGGGGAAGGAUGCAUGUCCCAAUGGUAACUUGGUGGCAUGCAGAACUACAAAGACCUGUUGCUAUCUUUGGGAGCAUGAGCAUGAGCUGUGUCUGGCUUGCUGAUGUUCAUUAGCUUGUUGGCUAAUAAAUAUAUGCUGUCAAUAAAUGUUCUAA